GAAUGGUGAUUGGUAGUUGGUGAGUGUGCAAAGCAAUAGCUAAACGUUGACCAUAAAUAAAUCUGAAUCAAACUCUCUUCAUUAUUUCUUCAAUCUUCAGUCCUUUUAUCUUCAUCACAACUAAAUUAAAACCCGAUUCAUCAACAAUCUGACCAUAAUCAAUGGCGGCUGAACUCGUUCUUUCUGCCUUUCUCGGUGUGCUCUUUGAGAAGCUGGCCUCUGCAGCUUUGAAAAACAUUGCUUGCUACAAGGGAGUUGAUGCUGAGAUCAAGAAAUGGCAAAGAUCCUUAAAACAAAUCCAAGCUGUGCUUGCUGAUGCUUCUCGCAAGGAGAUUACCAAUGAGUCUGUGAAACAAUGGCUCAUUGAUCUCCAGCAUUUGGCUUACGACAUAGAUGACAUACUCGAUGAUCUGGCAACUGAAGCUAUGCAUCGUGAGUUCACCCAUGACUCAGAAGCCAUCACCAGCAAGGUAAGAAAGCUGAUCCCAACUUGUUGCACAAAUUUCACAAAGAGUAGUAGCAUGCGUGCCAAGUUAGAUAAGAUUACCACAAAAUUACAAGAUCUGGUUGAGGAGAAAGCUACACUUGGUUUGAGUGUGGAAGGGGAAACUAAGAAAAAAAAUAAAAAUAGAGAAUUACAAACCUCUGUUGUCGAUGCGUCUAGUAUUGUUGGACGACAAGUUGAGGAAGAGGCAUUGGUCCGCCAAUUACUAGCGGACGAACCAUGUGAUCAAAACUUUAGCAUUGUUCCCAUAGUUGGUAUGGGUGGGGUUGGAAAAACUACUUUGGCUACACUUUUGUAUAACAACCAACAAGUCACAGAUCACUUCGAGCUCAAGGCAUGGGUGUGUGUCUCGGAUGAUUUUGAUAGCUUUGGUAUAAGCAAAGUUAUCUUUGAAUCUGUGGCCCAAGAAAACAAGAAAUUUGAAGAUUUUAAUCUGCUUCAAGUAGCUCUUAGAGAUCAACUAAGGGGGAAAAGAUUUUUAUUGGUUUUAGAUGAUGUGUGGAGUGAGAGUUAUGAGGAUUGGAAAACCUUAGUCGGCCCGUUUCAUGCAUGCGCUCCUGGAAGUAAAGUCGUCAUAACAACUAGGAAGGAGCAAUUACUCAACAAGUUGGGUUACAAUCAUCUAAACAAACUACAGUGUCUAUCACAUGAUGAUGCAAUGUCUUUGUUUGCUUUAAAUGCAUUAGGUGUGAAUAAAUUUAAUUCACAUUUGUCACUCAAACCAUAUGGUGAGGGUAUUGUGAAAAAGUGUGAUGGCUUACCUUUGGCUUUGAUAUCACUUGGUAGAUCACUAAGGACAAAACAAGAUGAGGAAUCUUGGAGGGAAGUGUUAGAAAGUGAGAUAUGGAUGUCAAAAGACGAUGCAAUUGUCCCUGCCCUUAAACUAAGCUAUCGUGAUCUUUCUGCACAUUUGAAGCAAUUGUUUGCAUACUGCUCAUUAUUCCCUAAGGAUUUCAUGUUUGACAAGGAGGAAUUGAUUUUAUUAUGGGCAGCAGAAGGGUUUUUACACCAGUCAACUCCAAUUGACUCAACAAAAGAACGUUUGGGUCAUGAUUGUUUUGACGAAUUGUUGUCAAGGUCAUUUUUUCAACUUGCACCUAAUAAUCAAUCAUUAUUUGUGAUGCAUGACCUGAUGAACGACUUAGCGGCAUCUGUUGCUAGCGAAUUUUUUGUCAGGUUAGAAAAUGAUAUGAAAAGGAAUAUGAGGAAGGAGAUGUUGGAAAUGUGUCGUCAUAUGUCAUUUGCACGUGAGGAAUAUGUAACUUACAAGAAGUUCGAGACGUUUAAAAUAGCUAAAAGUUUGAGAACAUUCUUGGCAACAUUUGUUGGUGUGGAAGAAAGUUGGCAGAAUUUCUACUUAUCGAGUAAGAUUUUGGUCGACUUACUUCCUGAGUUACCAAUGUUAAGAGUUUUAUCUCUAAGUGGUUUUUGUAUAAGUGAGGUACCACAGAGCAUUGGUAGUUUGAGGCAUUUGAGGUAUCUUAAUCUAUCUCGAACGCAAGUAACCCAUUUGCCUGAAAAUGUUUGCGAUCUCUACAACUUAGAGACACUGAUUGUAUGUGGUUGUCGCUGCUUAGCUAAGUUGCCAAACAACUUCUUAAAGCUUAAAAACUUGCGGCAUCUUGACAUUAGUGACACUCCGUUGUUGAAUCAGAUGCCUUUUGGAAUUUGUGAGUUGAAAAGCCUUCAAACUCUCUCAAAAAUUGUUAUCGGAGGUGAAAGAGGAUUUGAAAUAGCCAGACUUAAAGAAUUCAAGAAUCUAUGUGGGAAAAUUUGCAUUGAAGGUUUGGAAAAAGUGCAAAAUGCAAUUCAUGUUCGUGAGGCGAACUUUUCACAAAAGAGGCUUAGUGAACUAGAGGUUGGAUGGAGUGAUGAGCCAUAUGAUUCACGAAAUGAAAUGCUUGAAAAGGAAGUCCUAAAUGAGCUAGAGCCUCGUAAUGUUAAGUUAAUACAACUCAUUAUUAGAUCAUAUGGUGGCUUAGAGUUUCCAGAUUGGGUUGGGAAUCCUUCGUUUCUUCAUUUGAAGCAUGUGUCACUACGUGAUUGUAAAAGAUGUACAUCUCUACCCCCACUUGGGCAGCUACCUUUACUUAAGGAAUUGUUUAUUGAAGGCUUAGAUGAGGUGGAAGCUGUGGGUUUGGAGUUUCUUGGAACAAGUCGUGCAUUUCCUUCACUUGAAAUUCUAAGUUUCAAGCAUAUGCAUGAGUGGAAGAAAUGGUCAACCAGUAGUGGGGUUGUGUUUCCAUCAUUGAAUGUUCUCAAAAUAUGUGAUUGCCCCAGUUUGGUUGAAGUCACACUUGAAACACUACCUUCAGUGAAUGUUCUAGAAAUAAGUACAUGUGAUAGUGGUCUGUUAAGAAGGCUUAUUGAAAUAGCUUCAGCAGUCACUAAGUUGAACAUAGAAUCUAUUACAGGGCUUAAUGAUGUGGUGUGGAGAGGUGUUAUGAAGUAUCUUGGUGCAGUUGAAGAAUUAAAGAUACGGAUGUGUAAUGAAAUAAGAUAUUUGUGGGAAUUAGAAGCAGUUGCAAGCAAGGUUCUUGUGAAGUUAAGGAGAUUGGAUGUGUAUGAGUGUGAUAACUUGGAGCGUUUUAUAUGUCCAGAUAGCAUUCAGGUGUUGAGGUUGUCGGAUUGUAAGUCAAUUACAAUUUUCUCCUUGCCAAAAGAAGGGCAAAACCUCAAGUCAGUUUACGUUUGGGGUUGUAAUAAAUUAUUGGAAAGGGAGUGGGGAGGACAAAAUAUGAACAACAAUAGAAGCAGCAUGCCGAUGCUUGAAAAUGCACUGAUAAAAGAUUGGACGAAUCUGAAAUCAGUCAAGAAUCUGAAUUACUUGGUUCACCUCACCACAUUGACAAUAGUGAAUUGUAAAAAUCUGGAAUCAUUUCCUGAUAAUGAGUUGUCCGAUUUGACAUUGUUAAAGGAACUAAGGAUAAUAGAUUGUCCAAGUAUGGAUGCUUCUUUUCCUCGUGGAAUUUGGCCUUCCAAACUGCAAAUAUUAAGCAUAGGGAUGUUGAAGAAGUCCAUCUCAGAUUGGGCCCCACAGAAUUUUCCAACCUCACUUGUGGCACUAGAGUUAUACGGUGGUGACGAUGGAGUGAGUAGUUGUAGUCAGUUUUCUCAUCUUCUUCCUUCAUCUCUUACUUCUCUCACUAUAUAUAAAUUUGAGAAACUGGAAUCAUUUUCAGUGGGACUCCAACACCUCCAACGUCUCUUAUUUAGCAAUUGUCCAAAUCUGAAUAAAUUGCCUCAUCCCCAUCCCCAAAACCUCACUAACCUUCAACAUCUCUAUUUUUCUAAUUGCCCAAACAUGAUGGAUCUACCAGAAGUGCUGCUGCCUUCACUUUUGAGUUUAAGAAUUAUUGAAUGCCCACAUCUGAAAGAAAGAUGCAGCAAAAGAGGAUGUUACUGGCCCCUCGUCUCCCCUAUCCCCUUUUUGGAGUUAAGAAGAUAAAGGCAGGCUCAUGUGUUCCAGGAAGCAUUUACUAGAGAUUUUUAUUUAUAAAUGGUGUUUGCGAGCAAUGACAAAAGAUGAUGUUUUGCCAAUUUCUGCUAUCAAUAGCAACCACAUUAUUGCUCAAUUUUCUUGUAGUGUUAAUGAGUCGGAUAUUCUUCCUGCUUCAGCCAACAUAAGCCUAUACGGUUAAAAAGGUAGCAAGGUGAACCACAUCAAAGUAUUUUAUAAACUUUGUUUUUAAAGAAAGCAGCUUUGAGUAUUCAUACACCUCUGUUCUCUGUUUAUAAAACCACAUCAAAGUAUUUUAUAAACUUUUUUUUUAAAGAAAGAACAAAAAAGCAUAUGCUGGCGCCCUGGCCCGACCCAACCCGUUUUGACCUGAAUGGCUUCCGGAGAGGCAUGUGUUCGGGAAUGUUUCCAGUGACAUCUGUGCCAAUGAGACAGAGUCUAGCACUGUCUGAAUAUGACUCAAAGCUUGCUUUAGCAACUAAGUAGCAAAUGCUCCAUUACGGUACCGACACCUUUAACUCAUGUUUAUUUUUAAUUUUUUAUUAUUACUCUUAAGUCUAGUGUUAAGAAAUUUGCCACUUUACAUUAAUAAAAAUUUUAGGCUCUCACUAUUCCCACACUCCUAAAAUAUUAUUCUCACACCCUUUUUCACUCACUCUCUCUCUAUGUAUAUCUUUGUAUAUAUAGAAAGGAGGGAUGUGGGAAUAUGAACACCCUUAUUUUAAAGCAUGUGUUUUAUAUAUAAUUAACGAAACUAUAUCAAUAUAUUAUUUGUUGUACAAGAUUAACCAAAGUUUCAUAUUUCUCUUAGAUAAACAGGGUGAUUUUUCAACAAGAGAGAAGAAUGCACGAUAUCUAUGAAAUUACAAAACCGUAAUUAUACUGCAAGUUUGACAUCAACAGAAAGAAAAAAACAUUAUACUACCCACUCGCUCAGUUUCUUCACCUACAUGCCUGGAAACGCAGCCAUGAAAUGAUUUUAGUCCACAAAGCCGAGCCUGCUAGAGAAUGAACAGAAUGCAAAGACCUGUUCAGUGUCGUUAGAUGUAUGAAAAGACGAAAAUGUUGGGUUUUUGGGCCCAAGAGGAAGCCCAACAAUUUCCAUGGCCCAUUAGGUUUAUUUUGGUGAAUUAUAUAAUCAGCCACAAAAAUCACAGCAAAGUUUUGCACAAGCUUAUCAUUUUCGUCACCUACAAACCCAGAGAUUGUCAAUUUCCCGGAGAUUGACCCGUUGGAUCGUUCUGAGUUUUGGAAAGAGUCUUCACAACAUCUAGGAGACCUUAUCCAACGGUGGGUUUGUGUUAAUCACGCCGGAAGUCGAGCUUUACAGCUUCUGUUCCUAGCUGCAGAAUUGUUUGUGAUAUUCUUUCUUUUCUCUUUGUUUUGAUUCCAUAUGCUUGAAGUUGUUGAUUCCAAGUAUAUGAUGUUUGUUG